AUGGAAAAAACACUUCGCCAACCCGGAAUUUUCGGGCAGCUCGGCUGGGACACCUACACCGUAGUUGUUCUUGGGUUCCCCGAUCAGCCCGGAGUGCAACAGGAUGAAGUAAUGGCAGCACUAGACAAGGCCGCUAUAAAACUCCUCGAGGCUUAUCCAUUCCUUGCUGGUCAGGUCGUCAAAAGAGGACAAUCAGCUACGAGCUCUGGCAGAUAUGAGAUCAUCCCGUAUCCGUCUCAUGACGGAGUAUCUCCUGUACGCCGAAAAGACUGUGCCGACUUGUGUCCUUCUUAUGAUCAGAUUGUCAGGGCCAAUGCGCCGUUCGCUAUGCUGGACGGGGAUAUCCUAUGCCCUAAGAAAGGCAUGGGCUAUGUUUAUACUGAGGAGACGGAGCGCCCAGUCUUCAUUAUGCAGGCCAAUUUUGUAAAGGGAGGAUUACUUUUAUGCUUCGCUUCUAUGCAUAACGCCCUCGAUAUGAACGGACAGGGCAUCGUUCUCAAGAUGUUUGCAGCUGCCGCACGGGGAGAAGAGCUGGAUGCGGAGCUGGUCAAGGCAGGAAAUCAAGAUGCCGACACCAUUGUGCCGCUGCUGAAGCCAGGCGAAAUCGGCCUCGAUCACAGCGAUCUGAGAAAGCCAUCGUCCUUGGGAAAGUCGGGCCACCACGGCGCGCCAGGCAAAGCACCGUGGAAUUACUGGCGGUUCCCAGCCGAGAAGCUUGCAAAACUCAAGGAGAUUGCCUCGAGUGGGCGCACUUGGGUCUCUACGAAUGAUGCUGUCACGGCUUUCUAUAUACAGCGACUUACAGCCGUUCGCUUGGCGGUGAAUCGCGUGGCACCAGACGAAGAUGUUCACUGCCUUCGAGCGGUAGAUGGGAGACGAAAGCUAGACCCGCCAGUCAGCGAAGGAUAUCUUGGUCAUUUAUGCGGUCUCUCUGAUACGGCCUGGCCUACAGCUCGUGAGCUUGUUGAUGGUUCUCUUGCCGAUGCCGCCAUCAGUAUCAGGGAGUCACUCAACCGCAUCGAUGACUUUUACAUGCGCAGUCUCGCGACGCUCAUCAACGAGACGGAAGAUAAGACUACAAUCUUCUACGCAGCAAAGAAAAAAAUUGGAAAGGACAUAUUAAUCUCGUCAUGGGUGCAGCUGCACUGGCUAGCAAACUGCAGCUUCGGUACAGCGAUUGGCGUGCCCGAUUUUGUCCGUAGGGCCAAGCUUCCAGAGCUUCCAGAUCUGGUGUACAUGAUGCCGAAGAAUAAGGAAGGGCACAUGGAUCUUGGAAUGAGCUUGUUUCACGAGGAUUUUGUUGGUCUAGCGAAUGAUGCGACUUGGAGAGAUUUUACUGAGUUGAUUGGUUAG